UUGUUCUCCUUCCUUCCGUGUUGGAAUCAGAUAAACCCUAAUCAUAUACAAACAUUACAUUUAUAUACCCUUAUUAUUAUUAUUAUAAGAUAUUAAUAUAAUUACAGCGGCCCACCCUAACCAAUUUCUUCAAUCAUUCGUUCUCUAUAUCAAUUUCCAUCUUCGAUUUUGACAGAAAGCAAUCAGAAGGCAGCCAUGGUUAAAUGUUCAUCCUUCAAGCUUGAUCACCCUUUGGAAAAGAGGCAGGCUGAAUCCUCUCGCAUCAGGGAAAAGUACCCUGAUAGAGUACCAGUGAUUGUUGAGAGAGCUGAAAAAACCGAUAUUCCUGACAUAGACAAAAAGAAAUAUCUGGUACCAGCGGACUUGACCAUUGGACAGUUUGUUUAUGUGGUUCGUAAGAGGAUCAAGCUUAGCCCUGAGAAAGCAAUAUUUGUUUUCGUCAAGAACAUGCUACCACCAACAGCUGCUUUGAUGUCUGCAAUCUAUGAGGAACAUAAGGAUGAAGAUGGGUUCCUCUACACGAGCUACAGUGGCGAAAACACAUUUGGAUCUCUAGAAUUGCAGUAACUUCUAAUGUCACAUCUGGAACUUGCAAAAGCAAAUUCCUCGCAGCUUCAGUUCAUUUUAGUUUAUAUGUUUAUGUUUAUUUAAAUCUGAAUAUGUGAUUACAUUGUUGUGACUAAUAUGAUCUUUUAUAGUUUAAUUCUUUGGGUUUCGUUUCA